AGAAGGUUCGUUAUUGAAUAUUGAUAAGAAAGCCGAAAAAAAAGGGUGAUUAAUUUCGUUAAUCAAACAACGCGUCGUCGAAUGGGAAGCAACACAAAUUGUGCGGUGUUUGUUUUCAGUUGACCACAGCAGCUGCCUGUGAAAGGAAUUGCUUCAGUUCCCGCUUUAUAGAGAUCGUCAAACAAUUCAACAGUUUCAACAUGGUUGAGCUGCAGAAGAUAAAGCAGAUGACAAUCUGUCAUCUGAUCAUUGCCAUCACAUUCUUCACAUGCGGUCUGCUCUGCAACAUUGCACAAUUCCUGCUGCUCAUCUUGGUGAAACCCUGGAAUCCCACACUCUUCCGCAAGCUCGCCUUCUAUCCCUGCUAUGCGUUCUAUGCACAGCUCCUUGGCGUCGUGGAAUGGUAUGGCGGAGGUAGACUGACUGUCUUCAUGGAUGAGGACACCGCAAAGCAUAUUGGCAAGGAGCAUGGAGUGAUGAUCAUGAAUCACACCUAUGAGAUCGACUGGCUGAUGGCCUGGAUGGUGCUCGACAAAUUCCACAUGCUUGGCAGCUCGAAGGCAUUCGCCAAGAAGGCUCUGAGCUAUGCCCCCAUCUUGGGCUGGGCUUGGAGCAUGGCUGAGUUUGUGUUCCUCAAUCGUGACUUUGACAAGGACAAGGAGAUCAUUGCCAAGCAGCUGAAGAUUGUCUUCGCCUAUCCCGAUCCCAUUUGGCUGCUCCUCAAUGCCGAAGGAACACGCUUCACUCCCGCCAAGCAUGAGGCAUCGGUGAAGUUUGCCCAGGAACGUGGCAUGACGGUGUUGAAGCAUCAUUUGAUUCCCCGCACCAAGGGAUUCACCACCAGCUUGCCCACGAUGCGUGGCAUAUGUCCGGCCAUCUAUGAUGUGAAUUUGGUCUUUAAACGCGAUGCCAAGGUGCGUCCCACCAUCACAAAUGUCCUCAGUGGCGAACAUUUGGAGCCGACGAUGUUCAUCCGACGUUUCCCGCUGGAGCAAGUGCCCAAGGAUGAGAAGGCGGCGGCUGAUUGGGUGCAGAAUUUGUAUGUGGAGAAGGAUCGUCUGGUGGACAGUUUCCAUGAGACGGGCAGUUUCUUCAAGACAUCCGGAUUCAAGGAGGUGCCUUCGAAAGUGCUUCAACCUCGUCUCAGCACGCUCAUCUGCUUUGUCUCGGUUGCUUUGAUAGCCAAUCUCUGGAUUCUUAAAUUCUUGUUCUCAUCGCUGCUCUCUGCCAAUUGGCUUGGCCUCUUGACUGCUCUCUUUGUGCUCGGACUAUUUUACGUGCUGCUAAAGAAGGUUUCCAACAUGUCAAAGAUCAGCAAGGCCUCCGCUUAUGGUGCCGGCCAGGCGAAACCAAAAACAAAUUAGACUUUUAACAAUUUCACCAUGUAUUCGAGAUACAUCGUAAGGAAUAUGACGUCAAUGAGCGAGUUCAGAGACUUACAACAAACGUGUACAUAUCGUGUGUAUAUAACAUUUAUAGUUUUAAUGAUGGAUUGAAAAUAAAGUAUACGAAAUGAAGUAAAUUUGC